GCAUAAGCUACAGAGUUACAGUCUCGAGAUUUGGUGUAUCGCUUCCUGCCCCCGCCUCCCCUCCCCGCCCCCGUUCUCCGUCCUCUAUUGAAACACCUCGCCCAGCCUAGCGCACUGAGAGCUCUCAUUUCCCCCCCUUGCUCGGGAUGGUGCCACAGGAGGCUGUGCGGGCCCGCUCCGCUUCGAAUGGAUGAAAAAAUGCUAGGCACACAGUGCUGCUGUCUGGUUGCCAUGGAGACCACAGCCUAUUAUCCUGCCUUGUCAUUCAUCAAGAAAGAAUUACACUUGACAGAGGCAGAGGAAAAUGCCUGCAGUCUGCAGCAUAGGAGGAAAAAAAGCUUUUCUUGUCUUCUAUAUAACCCUGCUUCCUCCACCUCACAAAAACUCACAAGCUGCAACCCUUCUGAUGUCCACUCCCACACAAGCCAGCUUCAGGCCUUUUUCAAGAUGUGACUGAAGUGAUUUGCACCCGGAUGCCUAGACUCGCCAUCUGCUCAAAGAUUGCUCAGAAAGCCCUCCCAUGCAUUCCCCUGCUGCAUACCAGCCCACUCUGCCUGCAGCUGCUGUCUGCAGGACUUCAUAUCUACGCCACACUGUUUAAAAGCUGUGCUUCAAGAAAUCCCAAAAACAUAUGACUGCACCUACUACACAGCCUAAAUGCAGCAUAAGUUGACCUUGCUUUCUAAGAAGUGGGGCAAGAAAUGCUUUUUUGUGUGUGUCAUGUCUGUUUGUUUUUCAAUUAAGAGAGGAAAGCAUUAGGCAGAUGGAAUGUACAUGCGAGGAUGAGGAGACAGAAAACAAGUAGCCCUUUCCAUCAAGAUAGAGGGUUUUCUGGGGUCGCUGGCUCUUGAAUGUCACUCCCGAUUUCUCUUUCCAAGGCACUGUACCACCAGCCUACUGAGAUUGUGUGGGAGCUUUCAUGGGGGUUAUAUUUCAUUAAUGAAAAUAAAUUUUGUGCAUAAUCUGAA